CCCGUGAGCUGGUGUCCUUUUUUUGUGUGUGCCGCACGAACAGCCCCCCAAAAAGUCUGCGAGUGGUGUCUAUCUGCCGCGCUCCAAUAGACGCAUCCAAUGUUUGACGGAUUCGUGAUUGGGCCCACUGCCAGACGUGUGUAGAAGUGUUCGAGCGUGCGUACACCGCCCAUAGAACCGCGUCAGUGCUUCCCGCCAAAAAAAAAAAAAAAACAAACUGGAACUGGAAAAAAAGCGAAGGAGAAACAUUCUGCGAAUGUUUGCCAGAAAAUAAAGCUCUAACGCAACGAUAGUACAUUUGUGAAAAAGUGAUUCCUCACUGCAAGCGUGCGUGGUCAGUUUUCGUGAGUUGUCAAAAGAAAAACAUUGCUUGGUUACCAAAGUGCCUACUAGUGACGGUCCCGUAAUUCGAAAUCAAACGAUAAAAGUUCUACACACAAACCAGGAACCAGCGGGAAAGGAAAGCAUCAUCAAAACCCGUGCCGGAAAAGGAAGAAAGCGUACAUUUAGCGCGCUAACCGUGCAGCUUGAAAUUAUCUCAUCGGCGACCAUUUAAAGCACCGGAGGCACCACCAACACCAUGGGUACCUUGCCGCAGUUGGCCGUAGUCAAGGGGAAACUGUGUCCUCUGCAGCCGACCUUACUGCAUCGCACCUUUGAAUCGAACGUUGACAAAUUCGGUGGCACCGAUACGGCUCUCAUCUACAACGACGAUGUCCGUGGUGAGGUGCAGAUCAACUACAAUGUGCUCAACUCGACGGCGAACCGACUGGCCACGGCCAUGCUGAACCGCAUCAAGGAUCACUACCGUUCGCCGCCCAACACCGACGGUGACUAUAUCGUAGCCGUGUGCAUGCAGCCGACCGAUCGCCUCGUAACGACACUGCUUGCGAUCUGGAAGGCGGGUGCCGCCUAUCUGCCCAUCGAUCCAACGUUUCCACCGAAUCGCAUUCAGCACAUCCUGGGCGAAGCGCAACCAGCACUGGUUGUGUACGACGACGACUACGACAAUGCGGCCAUCUUCGGGAAGACACCCGCCAUCAGCUAUGCCGAGGUGCGGAAACGUGCUAGCGACCUGAGCAACGCCAACAUCCGACCGGAAGCGAUGCUCGGAAAGGGUGACUCACAGCUGGCCCUGGUGCUGUACACCUCUGGCAGUACCGGAGUGCCGAAAGGCGUUCGCCUUAACCACGAGACCAUCCUGAACCGGCUCGAGUGGCAGUGGGCUCGCUUCCCUUACUCUACGACGGAACGCAUCGGUGUGUUCAAGACGGCCCUCACGUUCGUCGACUCGGUCACCGAGAUAUGGGGCCCACUGCUGAACGGGAUGGCCAUUGUGGUAGUGCCCAAGAAGAUUACCAACAAUCCCGAAAAGCUCGUUGAACUGUUGGAGCGCUAUCGCAUCGAGCGGCUGGUACUGGUACCGACGCUGCUCCGUUCGCUGCUGCUCUAUUUGCCACUGCAGCAGAAACCGCCGCAGUCCGGCUCAAAGCUACUCUACAGCCUGCGCAUCUGGGUGUGUUCCGGUGAACCGUUGCAGAUUUCGCUGGCUCGCGAGUUCUUCGAUUACUUCCAGGAGGGUAUGCACCAGCUGUGCAACUUCUACGGCUCGACCGAGGUGAUGGGUGACGUGACGUACUUCGUGUGCGAGUCGAAGAAGCAGCUGGAAGCUUAUGAGAAGGUCCCAAUCGGUUACCCGCUCGACAAUACCACCAUCUACAUUAUGAGCCCAGAUCUGCGCCCCGUGCGGACAGAGGAAAUCGGCGAACUGUACGUGGCCGGGGCGAAUCUGGCCGAGGGGUAUGUUAAUGGGCGCGAUCCGGACCGCUUCAUCGACAACCCGUUGGCGAUCGAUCCGUCCUUCGGGCGGCUGUACAAAACCGGCGAUUAUGCGUCGGUCAGCAAGGGCUGCGUGUACUACCAGGGACGCAUGGAUUCACAAAUCAAGAUCCGCGGCCACCGGGUGGAUCUGUCGGAAGUGGAGGCGAAUCUGCUUGGGCUGGACGGUGUAGAUAAGGGUAUCGUGCUGUGCUAUCACGCCGGUGAGAUCGAUCAGGCACUGCUUGGAUUCGUGACACUGGAAAAGGAUUCCCAUUUCCAGACCGGACUGCAAGUGGAGGCAGCGCUUGGUGACAAGCUUGCCCACUAUAUGAUGCCACAGGUCAUUCUGCUCGAUAGCAUUCCCUUACUCGUAAACGGCAAAAUCGAUCGUCAAACGUUGUUGAAGAUGUACGAGAGCACCAACAAUAACGAUGACACACAGAUAGAGAUCGAGUACGAUUAUGCUAACGUUCCGGCGAGUCGAAUGAUCGCGGCGAAGGAUCUGUUCGAAACAGUCGGUCAGGUGAUCGGUCGUUCGACACGGGCCAAAAUUUGCUUGACUAGCAACUUCUACGAACUUGGUGGUAACUCGCUCAACUCGAUCAUCACCGUGACGCAGCUGUGUGGUAAAGGAUAUCCGGUGAGUAUUACCACGUUUAUCGGAGCGAAGAACUUGGGCGAAAUUUUGGACAAAAUAUGUGCCGACGAACGAGAACUGCAAAACCACCAGCUCGAGACCAAUGGUAAUGGAAAUGCGGAAGCUGAUUUUGACUACCGUAUGCAGCUGACGGCAGUCCCACUGGCACUCGAACACAAACAUGACACGAUCAACAUCAUCACCUCAAGCUUCUUCGAAAAGGCAGACCUGGAACAGUGGCUUAAACCGCAGAUCUACGAAACGGACUACCGGGACAUCCUGGAAGAUAUCUGGACGGUUCUCAUCGAGAAGGGACUGAGCUUCAUCGUAAAGGAUGAAACUGGCCGCCCGGUAGGUGUUUCACUUAACUUUGAUGCGCACGAUGAACCCGAGGUGACCGUUACCAGCAAACUGAUCAUUGUGUUCGAAUUCUUGGAAUUCGUCGAAGGACCAAUCCGAGAUAGUCAACUGCCCACCGGCAAAAACCAGAUACUGCACUCCUUCAUGAUGGGUACCUGUGCGGAGCUGUCCGCUCAGGAAAAUAUCGAGGCUAUGCACUUCAUGGAGAGUGAGGUGUUGAAGUUGGCUAAGCGUAGAAACUUUGCUGGAAUCUUCACCACCAACACGAACCCGCUCACACAGCAGCUCGGAUCGAACGUGUACAAUUACAAAACGAUGCUGGACUAUCAGGUCAAUCAGUUCGUGUACAGUGCGGACAGUUCGAGACCGUUCGCGGCGGCUCCAGACAGCCAACGCGCCGUAGUGCACUGGAAGGACAUUCGUUGUUAAUAAGGGAUCCGCCGUUUGUUAAUGCUGCACGUGAAGCAGGAACAUACAACUAGGUCUUUAGAUAAGUUAUUUAAUUUAUGAAACACGAAUCGUACUAUCGUACUCACGAGCGCACCAAUACACACACAGGACACAAGAUCCGGAUUGCAAGUGACGGCCACGGGUUCAGCCGCUUUCGUUUACUACGAUCCGCACGAUACAACACACGGCCUACUUUUAUGCAUUCGGUACGGGGCUUCCAUUUCUAUGUGACGGUGUAGCACAUAAUUCAGUGAUCGGUUAACUUUAAGUGAACAGUAUUUUAAUUACGGUAUAGAAACAGUUGGUGCAGAUCGAUUGCAUAGAGUGGAUCGGCCAAAAAUUGUUUAGUAUACGAUCAUUAACGAGUGGCACUCAACACAAGAUAUCGAAGAUAAUAAACAAAUGUGAUUAAAGACGUUGCUUUGCGAUGUAGUGAAAUAGUGCCCCACUCCAUGUUUAGGGACAGGUUUCAACGAAACACACCGGAACAGCAACAAAACGUUACAGACACUGUUAAGCUGUACAAUGAAACUAUUUAAUUUUUUUAAGUGGAAUCAAUAAAAAUAA